AUGGCAGCUACAUCUAAACAACCUGUCCCGCCAACGCUAGUGUCCACAGUCACCGGCGAAAUCGCUACGGUUGUCGUCGGCCCCUCGAAGAAGCGACACCUAAUUCACAAGGACCUCAUCUGCCACCACUCGGGGUACUUCCGCAAAGCGUAUGACAGACAGAAAGGACUAUGGAAGAAUCCGGACCAGAUUUUCACGCUCGAAGAUGUCGAUGUAGAUGUGUUUAACCUCUUUGUGCACUGGCUAUACACCCAAGACAUACCCUGCAAUACGUAUGCGGAGAUAUAUCAUAUGAUGGGGUGGAACAACGGUGAUCAAGUCAACUUUAAGGAUAUUUUGCUGAAAGCGCGGACUUUUGGUCAUCGCUUCUUAGCGGUGGGUUUUCGUCGCGUUGUUCAUAACAUCUAUGUGGAGGGAUGUAAGAUUAAAGCGAUCGAGUAG